AUGAUAUUCUCUUUACUUUGUUGUUUAUUAUAUUCUAAUUUACAUUUAAGUUUGUUUAAAAUAACAAGAUCAUAUAUCAAAAAUUAUUUAUUUCAACUUCCCUACUUCUUAAGUAAAAAAUAUUAA